UCAGUUCUUUUCAGAACUAACUACUUGAAAUUAACAACUGUGUGGAAAACUUGUUUAACAAUGGUUUUCACACCCGAACAGGAUGCUUUCAUUCUGAUGGCUCACUUUCGAAGUGGAACCCGAAACCCAGACGGAACCUGGUCUUAUUCACUGCAGUCGUGUAUUGACCAAUUUACGGAAGCCUUUCCAGAUGCCAAUGUUGGGUAUCAAACAUUUGCAAAUCAUAAGGGGGUCCUUGUUCAUCAUUUUGAGACUAAAAAUUGUAUUUGCAAAGGAAAGACAAUUGCCAGAAAAACUGUUUCGACUGAAGAAGUUACAGAAGACAUCCAGCAUCGGUUAGAACAAAGUCCAAAUAAAUCUAUACGAAAAUUAUCAGCACAGACAGGUCUUUCAGUCGGAAGUUGCCAUAAAGCACUACAUAAAGUUCUGCACAUGCACCCGUAUAAAGUUUCAGUCAUCCAUGAAUUACUUCCACCGGAUUUUGAUCGAAUAAUAAAUUAUUGCCAAUGGUUUAAUAAUAAUUUAAAUGAUGAUGCCUUAUUAGACUUAACAUUUUUCACUGAUGAGGCAUGGUUUCAUUUAAGUGGAUACGUGAAUAGUCAAAAUUAUAGAACGUGGGCUACUGAGAAUCCUCAUAUUUUUGUAGAAACUAGUUUGCAUCCAAUAAAAGUUGGACUUUGGGUAGCCAUUUCAAGAAGAAGAAUUAUAGGACCGAUUUUUUUUCACGAUACGGUGAAUGCUGAAAGAUAUCGCACUAAUAUUCUACAACCCUUUUUUGAACAACUGCAUGAUGACGAAUGCCAGUAUGGUUACUUUCAGCAAGACGGAGCGACGGCACAUACAGCAGGAAGCACACUUCGUUUCUUGCAGGAAAUUUAUGACGAUCGAAUUAUAAGUCAAGGACUGUGGCCCCCAAGAUCGCCAGAUCUCACCGCGCCGGAUUUUUUUUUGUUUGGUCAUUUGAAGAACAAUGUUUUCAAAAAUAGGUUGCAUACCAUUGAUGAGCUGCAACAAGCAAUAACCCAUGAAAUUGAAAAUAUAACUCCUUACACUCUUCAACGAGUAUUUGAUAAUAUGAAAAGAAGAGUUAAUAUGUGUAUUGCUAACGAAGGAAAUCAUUUUCAACAUUUAUUGUAA